AUGAGAGUUCUGGUAACGUGCCUGCUGUUAGCAGGCGUUGCCUGGGCUAAGCCUCAGUACUCCUUCGCCUUUGCCCCAGCGGCUGUAUAUGGAGAGCCUGGAAAGGUAGUUGCUGAAUUUGCGCCGCCUCCACCCCCGCCACCUCCGCCGCCUCCGCCGCCACCACCACCUCCGCCUCCAGAGGCGCCGUAUGCACCUCCACCACAACCGGAGUACGCUCCACCACCACCACCGCCGCCUCCGCCACCACCACCUCCACCACCUCCACCUCCGCCUCCAGAGGCGCCAUAUGCACCUCCACCACAACCGGAGUACGCUCCACCACCACCACCUCCUCCUCCGCCACCUCCACCACCUGUAUAUUAUGCCCCACCACCUGCACCUUAUGCUCCACCGCCAGCUCCAUAUGCACCACCCCCACAACCAGAAUAUGCCCCUCCCCCACCACCACCGCCACCUCCACCACCACCUCCUCCUCCACCCCCACCACCACCACCACCUGCACCUUAUGCUCCUCCUGUAGCUCCAUAUGCACCACCCCCACAACCAGAAUAUGCCCCACCACCACCACCACCACCGCCGCCGCCCCCACCACCACCACCACCUCCUCCUCCUCCUCCUCCACCCCCACCUCCACCAGCUCCAUACGCCCCACCUGCUCCAUAUGCUCCACCUCCACCCCCAGCUUAUGCUCCACCACCACCACCACCUCCUCCACCACCACCACCACCUCCUCCUCCACCACCACCUCCACCACCACCGGCACCUUAUGCACCACCACCUGUAUUUUAUGCCCCACCACCUGCUCCUUAUGCUCCACCACCAGCUCCAUAUGCACCACCCCCACAACCAGAAUAUGCCCCUCCCCCACCACCACCGCCACCUCCACCACCACCUCCUCCACCACCCCCACCACCACCACCACCUGCUCCUUAUGCUCCCCCACCAGCUCCAUAUGCACCACCCCCACAACCAGAAUAUGCCCCUCCUCCACCACCACCCCCGCCACCACCUCCACCUCCACCACCACCACCACCUCCCCCACCACCACCACCACCACCACCCCAACCACAUGCUACUUACGGAGUUCCUGCAUUUUUCUGA